AUGGACUACGUACGCAGGAUCGUUUGCUUUCGGUGAUGACUGCUGAUAGGGUGCGACAGAUGUACAAUGCAUGCUCCACGACUGCGCGUCGAGGAGCCCUCGAUUGGGCCAAGGAGUUCCACAAGGCCAAUCUGCCUGUCUUCGAGAAGCUCUACCAAUCCGUCCGUGACGGCUCAGAGACUCGCCGCUCGCUUGAAUUCAACGGUCGCAAGACAUACCACGAGGAUCUGGCCAAGGAAUUGGCCGAGAUUGACAACCAGGAGAUCUGGCGUGCAGGCAAGACUGUCAGAGGUCUUCGCCCAGAUGCCAAGCAGGAUUAGAGCGUCAGCGCCUCUGCUCGAAAGUGUGUUCUUGUUACGACAACAACAUUGUUUUGACGGUGCUCACAAGAUUGCACGAUUGGAGAGCUAGCUUUCUCAGCGACCUCGCUUGCCUCUCCCGCGGCCUCUUCCCCUCCCUCGUGCUCGCCGAUCUGGGUUGUCGCGCUGUGGACAGUCCUUGGCCAUGUGAGGUUCGCCGCAGACAUAGCAGCUAUACGUCGACGGUGUCGAUCCGGAAGUCAUCGCGGCGUUGCCGGACUGCUCAAUCCAUUCAAAGAACUUGCACUGACUGGCUGCAGAGACUUUUGAGCAUUUCCAGAACUC